AUGGCCCAACUUGUGGAUCUGGCACUCGAAGUCCUGCAUAACAUCUUCCAGAAUGUCGAACCCGUCGAUCUAAGUUCUCUCUCCAAGACUUGUCGGCAUUUCAACAAGCUCAUCCAAAGCGAUGAAUUGCUCUGGAAACAUCACUAUCUCGGUCAAUUUGGCUCGCCUCUACAAGAUGAAGCUCUGUCCUGGCGAGACAGAUUGACUGGUCUGAUAAAUGUGGAAAAGAUUCUGGAGUCUGAAGAUGAAGAUGUCAAAGCGGAAUCAUUCGAUGAAGUUUUGACCCACGCCGCGAAGGUCGAUUACCGAACAUCUCCAGAAACCACUCAAAUUGCCCGGUUUUUAGCCCGGUUUGCAGAGCCCAGCAACAUCAACGCAUUCUUGUGCAAAUCAAGUCUUUCCGCCCGUGCCUGGCCAGGAACAUGGAUCGCCGCCCCAACUGAAUCUCUUCGCCAACUCUCUGCGCAAUUACAUGUACUGGGGGGCAUGAAUUUGGAAUCCCCUUGGCCUUCCCCACAUGAGCUGACCUGUCCACACAUUCCGGAUGCUUCGGGCAAUGUCCACCCGCAACCUGUACGACAUCUUCACCCCUACGCGCGCUCGAGAGUGUACGAUCUACGCCGCUACACUUUGGCGAAUCUAUGGGGACCAUUCAUGGAUGACGGUAGCCAACGCAUCGAUUGGGAGAAAGUGCAAGCUAUCAUGAUCGACAUCGCAUACAAUCACCGUAUGGUAAAGCAGGGCAUCAUCCUCCGACCUUGGGACGAACCAUUCCAGGGCAUUGCCACUGGUAGUUUCGAGUCCCAUCCACUGUCAGGUCCAUUGGAGCAACCUCGAAACCCGGGCCUAGACGCACUUGACCCUUACGGCGUCACGGGGACUUGGAUGCGCAUAGUAUGCUUCCUGGACUACCACGACCUACACGAAUUCAACUUCGAGGGUGAGGAAAUUCCAGAUGACCAAGAGCGAGACCCGAUCCUGACGCGCGAGGCGUUCAGACUGAUCCGGCUGCAGUUGCGUGUGAGCAGGAUCGAGAAACCAGGGGAAGAAGAUGGACAGGAACUCCCUGUCGUUCAUUUCGAGGGCGAUAGCAGGUCACUGUACAUGGCAUGGGAUCCGAAUGCUAAUUCAAAGAUUCGAGGCACCGUCCGACAAACCGCCUCCGGCGCAAUCCGCUGGACAUCUUUCAGCAUCUUUCACGGCGAAGAGCGCUGGCGGAGCGAGGGUGUACAGAUCGGCGGCCUGCGCUCUGCACGGGGUAUCUUAGGCAACUGGUUCGAUAAAGACUACGACGAGCAUGGACCUGCCGGACCAACAGCGUUCUGGAAAAUCAGCGAUGAUAUCGUGGCGGAGAAGCAGGUACCGGUUCCCCAGAUGCCGGAGAUUUUCCUGGCGGGGUGA